AUGAAGAAAUGGGCUUUAGAGUGGAAGUUUGAGUACAAGACUGUCUCUUCUAACAAGUCAAGAGUGCUUUUGAGUUGUGUUGAUGAAAAUUGCACGUGGAGGAUGCGUGCUAUCAAGCUACCUGUUUCAGAUUUUUUCGUUGUUAAAAAGUAUGUUCAUGAGCAUACAUGCGAUACAACACACAGGAAAGCCAACCACAGACAAGCAUCUGCAAAGUUGUUGGGUUCUUUGAUUUCCAGCAAUUAUGGAGAAAAAAAGGAAGGUCUCAAACCGAAACAGAUCAUUGAACAGGUCAGGAUGCUGCAUGGUGUUCACAUCAAUUACAAACAAGCUUGGAGAGUGAGAGAAGAAGCUCAGAUUUUGGUUAGAGGGACUCCUGAAGACAGCUAUUACAAUUUGUCUAGGUGGUUGUAUAAAAUCACAGAAACAAACCCUGGUUCCUUGACUUAUCAACAUGUUGAUGCUGCAGGAAAGUUCAAGUAUGCAUUUGUGGCUUUUGGUCCAUCGAUAAGGGGAUUUUCAUUGAUGAGGAGAGUUAUUGCAGUAGAUGGUACAUUUCUGAAGGGAAAAUUCAAUGGGACUUUAUUGGCAGCUUGUGCUCAAGAUGGGAAUUAUCAUCUAUAUCCUCUCGCUUUUGCAGUGGUUGACGCAGAAAACGGCGCCUCUUGGAAAUGGUUCUUUAGAGGUUUGAGCCAGAAGAUCCCGGACGCUUCGGAUCUUGUUUUUGUAUCAGACAGGGCUAACUCCAUUUCUUCAGCGUUGGAGGAUGUAUAUCCCUUAUCUCACCAUGGAAUUUGCAGGAUCCAUCUGCUCCGCAACAUCACUCCUACAUAUGCGAAGACUGGGUUGCUACCUCUGGUGGAAAGCGCUGCUGAUGCCUAUACGUGUCACGAGUUCUGGUUAAUCUUCAAGGACAUAAAGGAUAAAUGUCCUGAAUUGGCUAAGUAUCUGGAAGAGUCUGAUUUUAGGAAGUGGGCACGAAGCUAUGCGCCUGCGAACAGGUAUAAUAUCAUGACUACCAACAUUGCAGAGUCUCUCAAUUCUAUGUUGAAGAUGCCUCGUGAGUUGCCCAUUAUCUCUCUCCUUGAAACUAUCAGAUUGACGAUGACCACUUGGUUUUUUGAGCGACGCGAAGCGGCUGCGAAACAUAAGCACCUGGUUACUCCAAAAGUUGUUCAGAAAUUGGUAUCUAGGUUAGGGGCCGCAAUGUUGUUGAAUGUGUAUCAAGUUGAUCGAAGCGAGUUUGAGGUGAAGAAUGAAACAAUGAAGUUUGUUGUUGACUUGGAGAAGCGGCAUUGCACAUGUAAUGUUUUCGACAUUGACAAGAUCCCCUGCAUCCAUGCCAUCGCUGCUGCUAAGCAUAUCAAGAGAGAUGAAAACCGUUUUGUUGAUGCUUCUCACUUGACAGAAACGUGGGCUAAAGCUUAUGCUGAAAGCAUACAUCCUGGUGGAGAGUUGUCAACGUCCACCUAUCCAGAGAAUAUUGAUGAACUGUCUUGCCCACCUCCAGCUACCAAAAAGAAAAGUGGACGCCCUCCUACAAAGAGAAAGAGAUCCGUUGGCGAGUUUGGGGUUCCUGGAUCUAAAUCUCAGUCCCACAAGUGCAGCAGAUGUGGCACAGGAGGGCACAACAAGAUCACAUGCCAGAGGCCUAUAGGAUGA